AUGUCGGGCCGGGGCCUACUGCAAGUCCGGCCCUCACGGACCGCGGUUUCCUCCCAGCCUCCCCCAGCAGCGGGCUCUCCGGACGCAGCUUCCGCCCCCCUCCGCCCCCCUCCGCCCCCCUCUGCCUUCCCUCCAGUCCCUCCAGAAGGCGGCGGGCGGGUCAAGGGGCGGGGCCGCCGCGUGGCAGGUAAGGGCCCGAGGGGGCGGGGUCAGGGGGGAGGAGCGGGCGUCACGCGGGCAGCAGGUGAGGGGCAGCAGUUCCCCGAGCCUGACCCGGACAGCCGCGGCCCCCGUCCCCUUUUCCGCCGCCGCUGCUCGCCCCACCGGCCCCCGCUGCUGCCCUUCGUCCUCUGCUGGCUGUGCGGGAGCGCGGGGGCCGCCCCGGAGCCAGGGAGCUGGGCAGUGACCGUCAGCAACGGAUCAAGACCAUUAAUAUUUAGGAAAACUAUGUUUAAUUCUACUGAGAUCAAGCUUAAAAUUAAGUCAUUCAGCUGUCCUGAACCUGUGAAUUUUACCAUAGAGUGGCAUUUGAAAUAUCAUGCAUGUCACAAUGAAUAUACUAAGUUGGAAGAACUGUUAAGCAAACCCGCACGUAGUGGUGAUGAUGACUUCUGUGAAGCUUAUUUCCACGGAAAACAAUGUCGCAAGCAAAAAAGGGAAAAUUUAAAUUGUGACAGUGAUUUACAGAUGUUUCCUAUGUUGAGUAGUAAAGAACAAACUGUAGUAAAUAUGAAAAAGCUUCCAGACUUGCAAGGGUCCAUGGAUGAUGUUGUAGCCACAACAUGGAGGGAUGGACCAUAUCUCUUUCUUAUUUCUUUUAAAACAGAAAAGGAAGACACAUACUGGAAUUUGAAUGUUUCUCUUUCGAUGGUGGGCCUUCAUGGAUAUAUAUCUGCAUCAGAAUGGCCUUUAAUGAUUUUUUACAUGGUGAUGUGCAUUAUUUACAUUUUAUAUGGUGUGCUCUGGCUAAUGUGGUCUGCCUGUUAUUGGAAAGAUUUAUUAAGGAUUCAGUUCUGGAUUGCUGCUGUUAUUUUCCUGGGAAUGCUGGAAAAAGCAGUAUUUUAUGCAGAAUAUCAAAAUGUCAAUACCACAGGACUGUCUUCCCAAGGUUUAUUAAUGUUUGCUGAGUUGAUUUCUGCAAUUAAGAGGACAUUAGCACGCCUCCUGGUUAUUAUUGUGAGCUUGGGCUAUGGCAUUGUGAAACCCCGUUUAGGAACAGUUAUGCAUCGAGUGAUCGGACUGGGUGCUCUUUACUUCAUUUUUGCAGCUAUUGAAGGCAUUAUGAGAAUUAUUGGGGGUUCUAGCCAUGUAGCUGUUCUCAUUUGUGACAUUAUUUUAGCAGUCAUUGACUCCAUUUUUGCGUGGUUCAUAUUUGUAAGUUUGGCACAAACUAUGAAGACCCUAAAACUAAGAAAGAACACAGUGAAAUUUUCACUCUACAGACACUUCACAAAUACUCUGAUUUUUGCUAUAUUGGCUUCUAUAGUAUUUAUGAUAUGGACAACUAAAAAGUUUAGAUUAGCAGAAUGUCAGUCUGACUGGAUGGAACUCUGGGUUGACGAUGCAUUUUGGAGAUUCCUUUUCUCUCUCAUUCUUCUAGUAAUAAUGUUUUUAUGGAGACCAUCAGCAAAUAAUCAGAGAUAUGCCUUUACACCCUUAAUAGAUGAUUCAGAUGAUGAAAUUGAAGAAUUCACAGUGGUGUCUGAAAACUUAGCUGAAGGCAUAAAGCUAAGAGCUUCAAAAACUGUUUCCAAUGGAACAGCUGUACCUGCUUCUUCUAAUAGUGUUGAUGAAGAUUUGAAGUGGGUAGAAGAAAAUAUUCCUUCUUCAUUCACAGAUGUAGCUCUUCCAGUGUUAGUGGAUUCAGAUGAGGAAAUGAUGAUGACCAAAUACGAAAUGUCAGAAAGAAUGUUAUCUUCAGAAAAGAUAAUGUAAUUAGAGCCUGCAUAAAUGAAGCCUGGUUAAUAGCAAUGAAUCAUUCUUACCCAAGCUGUAACAAAUCUUCACCAGCUGUGCAUAUAUAUUUAUAUGUAUUGUUAAUGUCCAGCCAUCUGACCUUUUUGUCUUGUGUACAUGAUACUCCUGUCUCCUGCUUCUGUGCUGUACCGUUGAGCUGUCCCCCACAUCUGGAAUGCAUGUCCACCUCCAGUCAUCUCCACCUCUAACAGUACCUGGUUUUCUUCAAGACUGAGCUCAAGCACCACCUGCUGCAGAAGGCCUUUCCUGGUCAUCUGUCCCACCCAAC